GUAAGAUAGACAUUGAACAUUGGAAUUGCGCUUGCUGGAGAUUUGUGCGCUACAUCGGGCGUGGUUACCAUUGUAUCAGUAUGGCAAGCAUAGCUGGGAAGCGAAUUCAGAAAGAACUGGCGGAACUAAUGAAGUCAGACGAACAACCUAAGUGAAAGACUUGAUCAAAUGGACCAGUAAUAUGAGCCAGUAUUAAAUACUUGUUAUAUAAACAACUAUUAUAGACGUCAGCGUUGGUAUCAGAAAAUAGCUAUAUACGACAGCUUUCCUGUAUGUGCCUCAAAGAAAUCUUAUUGCUUUUUGGAGUCUUCAGUGAUACUCCAGACCUAUCUUUGCACAUAAAUUCAUCCAGACAACUGUAUAUCAUGCUGUUGUGUGACCCAUUCACUACUCUACAGUACUCAGAAACUACAUCUCUUUCUGGACAGAUAUUCUGUGUCGACAGGUUGGACUUCUGUUCACGUAUUCAUCAACAGCAACUGCAUACAUCUGUUAAGGCACCACUCCGCAUCUUCAAGCUUCGUAUAAGCCUAUUAUCCUGACGGUACUGAAAUAUUAUCUCCUAAUGGGUUUGUCAGCGUAACUCGUGUGCUGAAGCUGUCUUUCGGCGUUAUUUUUGCAUUGGCUCAUCUGACUUGUUAGUCAAGAUCUAUACGUACCCUUACUUUGAUGUUUCGUUUGGGUUUCUUUAGUUUAGAGGCGGCUCAAAAUCAAUUAGAAAUACAACCUAGUAGUAAUGAUAUGAUGCACUUACACGGUCGUAUCAAGGGACCACCAGACACACCAUACGCUGGUGCAGAUUUCAAAUUAGAUAUUGUAAUUCCUGAAAAUUAUCCAUUCGUUCCACCAAAGGUUCAAUUUAUUACUAAAAUUUGGCAUCCUAAUAUUAGUAGUGCUACUGGUGUAAUAUGCCUUGAUGUUCUAAAGGACCAGUGGGCUGCCGCUAUGUCAUUACGUACUAUACUUUUGUCUAUACAAGCGUUAUUAGCUUCCCCGGAACCAGAUGACCCACAAGAUGCAGUGGUUGCAAAUCAAUACAAGACAAGCAUAGAAGCUUUUAAUCGUACUGCACGCCAUUGGGCAGCUAUCUAUGCCAAUGGACCUGGAUGUGAUCCUCAGUGUGUUGAUUUGGUUGGUAAACUUGUUCAAAUGGGUUUUGAUGAGCAUGAAGCUUGUCGAGCUUUAUCAAUGAAAAAUUGGGAUAUAGCCAUGGCAACAGAACACUUAAUUAAAUGAAUCAAAAGAAGAAAGGGGUGGUUAUAUAUUUUAUUAGUUAUAUAAUGAAAUUACUGUAUAACUGAAUGUUUUUUAUUAUUGGUUGUACACACACAUGCACGCACAUAUUUGUGCAUAUAUGUGUAUGCACACUUCAUAUUCCCUUUUUAUGUUCUAUCGCUCUCUCUCUUCCGCUCUGUCUUCUAUUAUUACUAUUAUUAUGAUUUUCCUACACAUACCUCCGCCCACUCCACCCACGCAUCCCUUACAUACACAUACAAACAAUGCAACACAAGAUACGAAGAAGAAUUGAUUAACUCUUCCAGUAUAUAUGUGGUGUAGGGGGUAUCUCUUUGUAUAAAAAAUAAUAACAAUGAUAAAUAAAAACAACCUACUUUCACUUAGAAACCCUUCAUCACGUUUUGCUGCUUUCUACAACCUAAUAUUGUUGUUGUUCUUCUUGUUGUUAUUGCUGCUGCUGUUAGUCUUGCCGAUGUUUUUCUGAUUUUAAUGGUGCUACUGCUACUGUUGGUGGUGAAGUCGAGAAAAAAAAGGCGUAUCUCUAUUUUUAGUUUAUGUCCAAAAUUUUCAUGUUGUCCCUGUUGUUUUUUUGUUUUUCUCUCCUUUUCUUUGUUUUGUUUUUGUGUGUUUCAUGUUUGUUUUUCUUUUCAGGUGAACCGUGUGAAUGAGAUUUGUUCUUUCUUUUGCAGCCUUGAACACACACACACACAUACACACACGAUGUAUAAUAUAAAUUGGUUUGGCAUGUGAUUUACUCCUGUUGUCAAAUA